UUUAGCGCGUUGAAAAAAAAUUCGAAAUUCUGCAUAGGCCAUUCAUAAAAUAUGUGUUACAACUACAGAAUGAUCCAAAAACAAAAUAGAUCGAUCCAUAAACAUGUUCAAACUUAUCAUCAUCAUCAUCAUGUCUUUGCCACCAUAUUAUCCACCAGGUAGAUUUGAUUAUUUUCUGUUACGAUUACAGAAAGAAUUGAAAAAGACAAGCACAUUCCGAAUAGUUAUCAUUGCCAUCGUAUUACAUUCAUUAUUCUCUAUUCUAUUGAUUCAUAAUUUCCUAAAUUAUUAUAGUGAUACAUAUCAUAGCAAACAUGCGACUAGUCAUGAUCAUCCAGAUAAAGGAAAAAUAUCCAUAUUUUCCAGACCAGUUACCAAUGAUGAUAUUGAUUCUGAACGACGUUAUAAAUUGGUUAAAAUGGAUUUCACUGAUUCAACAAUAUUCGGACCGAAUGCAAUCAAUUUGUUGCAUUCGAAUCUGAUACGAUCUCAGCAAUUAACACAUAUCGGUUGGUUUAGUGAUCAUUUUCGUUGGGAGGAAAAAAUUCAAUGUUUCAAUAAUCGUUGGACAUUUUGUGAUAAGAUUUUCAUUGCUAAAUGUAAACCGAAUUCCAUACGAGCCAUUUAUCAAUUUGUACCGUUUAAGAUAGAAUCGAAUGUUAGACAUCUAUAUUUUAGUGUUCGUGCUACAGCUGAACAAUUGGUUGAACAAUCUAAUGAUGGGUUCUAUGGAAUGUUAGCAUUAAUAGAACAUGUUGAUGGUACAGAUGAAAUUAUCAGGUUGAAAUUUCGUUAUGAAAGUGAAUCAUGGUCACUUCGUGUGGAAGAUUAUCGUUCAACAAAAACGAUUAAAUCGGUUACAAUCAUGUUGGCAUGUUAUGGUUAUUCUGGUAUCGCAUCAUUCACUGAUGUUCGUUUGACUAGUGAAUCUGCUGGACUUGAUCCACUUUUUUCUGCUUAUGAUAUUUGUUCUUGGUGUUCAUUUCAACCUAACGAUCAUCAAGUGAAGAAAUCGAAUCAAUUAUCGAAUACUGACUAUGAAAUCCUGAAAAUGCCUCGUUUUGAAAUGGAAAAAUCCACCGCAAAUCAUCAAGUGACAUUCGUUUCACAAGUAUCGAUGGAUCGACUUGUCAUUCUUGAGCAAUCAUUACGCACUUGGAAUGGACCAGUUUCCAUAUCCAUUCAUGUAUUGACCAAUAAUUCGACAAAUGGUAGAAUUCAAGAUUGGCAACGUUUAUACAUCAAUAAAAAGAUUGGCUCAUUGAAAAUAUCAUUUGAAAAAGUACAAUCAUUAGUGCCUUCGGUCAAUCUGCAACAUUACCCAAUCAAUGUUCUACGUAAUUUAGCCAUAAAAAUGGUUCAGACUAGAUUCAUGUUUCUAGUGGAUGCAGAUUUUCAACCAUCACCUAAUCUUGAAACUAAUUUCCUGAACACAUUGAAUAAAUAUCAUUCCAGUUAUCUUCGACAACAUGAUACGAAUGGCUGCCGUAUUGCAUUUGUUGUUCCAGCUUUCGAAUAUCUAGAAAUACCGAACAAAGAAGAUCCAAUACUUAAAAGCAAAGAUGAACUAAUUCAAUUAAUACAUCGAGAUGAUCCAAUGAUUGAACCAUUUCGUUUACAUGAAUCAAAUGAAGUACAUGGCCUAACCAAUUAUUGGAAAUGGUAUCAUACCAAUGGACCAUACAAUAUAACCUAUAGAUUCCAUGAUAAAUAUGAACCAUAUAUUAUAGUUGAAAAAAAUUCACAUCUUCCAUUGUAUGAUGAAAAUUUAUUCAAUUAUGGAAUGAACAAAGUAAUGCAUAUUAGUGAAAUGUUUGCCGCCAAUUAUACAUUCGAAGUAUUGGACAAUGUAUGGAGUAUACAUUUUCAACAUCGUUCUACACCAUAUUAUAUGGAUUUUUUGAAAAAUCUUACCUACAGACUUUGUAAUCGAGCUGAACGUUUUAAAGUAUUACAACGUAUCAUAUAUCAAUAUAAUGUUCAAUUAGAUCAAUGUUGAUCAUAAAAUUGAACAGAAAAAAUC